ACUACCAGAUGCUUUUUACAAGCGGUUGACGGACAUCGGAUUGUGUGAGUGAGCACUUUUAACGGAGGCAACAUCAUGAAUUGGAUAUUAUUAUUGAAUGCAUACCUCUAUGUGUCGAUGCCUUUCAACGGCGGUGCUUUACGGGAGUCCACCAUUGAGAAUCUGUUGACAGAGGUCGAUGUGUCUUUGAGCCAUCGACCAUCAGAAGACAGAGUGCCAGCAUUUAUGCAUCUUUUGUACGGGGAUCUGAAGCAGGAGAUGUUGCGUAGUCACAUGACGUCAUGGGAGAUGUACGCUCGCAGUCCAGUUAUUCGAUCCUUCCGGGCAAGAUCAAAAGAUAAUUCCGGCAGAAGGUUCAAAUUCGAAAUACCGUCAUCACUCAAGCUCAACGACAUACACGACGCGUAUUUGAUCGUGAAUGCAUCGCACGUCAACGUCACGGCCAAGUAUAGAGGAAGACCACUGGAAAGACAUUACGCAUCAUUUUCUAACAAUUACUACGCAUUCAAUGUCGUGGAGGAAGUGAUUACUACACGAAAUGAAAAUCGCAGCCGAAUUCACUUUCACUUUCCACACACUCGGCAUAUGUCGGCUCGGGAUGUGUCCCUGGUGGUGUAUCAACACAUUGCGGCACAGACGCUUGAUCAUGCACGGCGCAAGAGGAACACAUUCCAAAACACAUCGUUGUAUUUCUUUCAAAGUUUAACCCAGAAUAGCAUCGGAGAUGUGGAUGAUCGUGACUGUCGCCGCAUGGAAUGGGAUGUGAAUUUUGAUGCGAUCAGCUGGUUUUGGAUCAUUGCCCCAAAUACUGUGUCAGCCGGAGUGUGCCGAGGAGAUUGUAGUUUACUGUCGACAAAUCAAAACACUACUAACUAUACGUUCAUGAAGACAAUGUAUCACAUCCAAAACAACGAUGGGGCAAUUCCUCAUGCAUCGUGUGUGCCCACAUUACUAGCUCCCAUGACUAUCAUAUACUACGAUAGGCAAUUUAAUGUGAUUACUCGGAUCGUGCCGGAAUUCAUUGUGGCUGGGUGUGGCUGUAGGUGACACUUCACACGGGAAAAGCGGAAGUUUACGAGAACUGGAUUGUCAAACAAGGUCCUCAGAAUGUUUCUGAGUGACAGAACGAAGUUGCCUGAGCGUGGUGGCAGCGAAGGACAUUAGCUGGUUCUGGAGCAGGUGGCUAGGGUGAGUUGCGUCCAAACCGUCAACAUAUCCCUCACACAUUCAACGUACUUCAUUGUGUUCUGGUUUCACCAAUAUCCCGGGCGCCACGUGCAGAACUGACACUUGACAUAUAAAACGAAACUGGUUCACAGACGUUUGCAUGGACACGUAUAUCGAAGUACAGACGAACUUGUAUUCAUUAAAAGGAUUGAACAUAAUUAGCCGGUAUAUGCACAUAUAUAGAGGUUAUCACGCGAGUGUGUUUGGGGAUGGUAAAUAUCCUGCAUUAGGAAUAAACAUUGUAU